AUAAGCACAGCUACGGAAUCUGAGCAGCUGGUCCAUAGGCAGUGUGUGGAGGCCAGCAGGCUGUACAGCAUAGGUGCAGAAGGAGUGUACAGGUUGGAAAGGUUUCAGUGGCUGCCCAGUUGAUCCAUUCACUCUGUUGUCUGGGAAUAAAGACGUGUCACAGAUCAUGGCUCCCUGGCCUGAGGUGGAAAAGCCUGAAGCCAAUAACUAUAUUGGGGACCCUUCCAAACAAAACCAGAACAUGGCUGGGAAAGAAGGAGAAAACCACAAAGCAGGCAAUGUGGCUUCACUUGGAAAUAAAGGGGAUAUUCAACCUGCAUUUUCCACAAUAGCCUUGAUAGAUGAGCCAAGGCCAGAAGAAGAGGACCCAUGGGCUCUGCCGGAACUGCAGGACACUGGGGUCAAGUGGUCAGAAUUGGAUAGAAAAGGAAAAAUCAUUCGUGUACUCUACGGGAUAGGGAAGUUCAUUAUGCUACUUGGAUUGCUCUACAUGUUUGUGUGUUCUCUGGAUGUUCUGAGCUCUGCUUUUCAACUGGUAGGAGGUAAAGCAGCAGGGGACAUAUUUAAAGAUGAUUCAGUGCUGUCUAAUCCUGUUGCGGGACUGGUGAUUGGAGUUCUGGUGACUGUUAUGGUGCAGAGCUCCAGUACUUCCUCAUCCAUCAUAGUCAGCAUGGUGUCCUCCACCCUGCUAACUGUUCGAGCAGCUAUUCCGAUCAUCAUGGGGGCAAACAUUGGCACCUCAGUUACAAACACGAUUGUGGCACUCAUGCAAGCUGGCGACAGGAAUGAAUUUAGAAGGGCCUUUGCUGGGGCAACAAUCCACGAUUUCUUUAACUGGCUUGCUGUCUUUGCACUGUUGCCCAUUGAAGUUGUUUCUGGCUAUCUUUACCAUCUCACCAAUGUUAUAGUUGAGUCCUUUCAUCUUGAAAGUGGUGAGGAUGCCCCUGAGUUACUAAAAGUUAUCACAGACCCCUUUACAAAGCUCAUCAUUGAGCUUGAUAAAUCAGUAAUAAAUGCAAUUGCUACUAACGAUGAAUCAGCAAAAAACAAAAGCCUGGUAAAGGUCUGGUGUGUCACUGAAACCAAUGUGACACUGCAGAAUGUCACAGUUCCACUUCCAGACAACUGCACAUCUCCUGACUUUUGCUGGACUGACGGAAACAUGACAUGGACCCUGAAGAAUGUAACUGAAAUAGAUUAUAUCACUAAAUGCCAGCAUCUCUUUGCGAACUCAGACCUGCCUGAUCUUGCCAUCGGUCUUAUCCUUCUGGCUUUGUCCCUGCUUGUUCUGUGCUCCUGUUUGAUAAUGAUCGUUAAGCUAUUAAACUCUGUGCUUAAAGGACAAGUGGCAAGUGUUAUCAAGAAGACAAUCAACACUGAUUUCCCAUUUCCUUUUACUUGGCUAGCUGGAUACCUGGCUAUGCUUGCAGGGGCUGGUAUGACCUUCAUUGUCCAAAGUAGUUCUGUUUUCACAUCUGCUAUUACACCCCUUGUUGGCAUUGGCGUUAUCAGCAUUGAGCGCUCUUACCCCCUUACCUUAGGAGCCAACAUUGGCACAACCACAACAGCUAUACUUGCGGCUUUAGCGAGUCCGGGGAGUACAUUAAAAUAUUCACUACAGAUUGCCUUGUGCCACUUUUUCUUCAAUGUCUCUGGGAUUAUUCUGUUUUACCCGUUACCUUUUACCCGGCUGCCAAUACGCAUGUGCAAGACUUUGGGAAACAUAACAGCCCAGUACAGAUGGUUUGCUAUAUUUUAUCUUCUCGUCUGCUUCUUUCUUCUGCCUUUGUUUGUAUUUGGUCUGUCACUGGCAGGGUGGCCAGUCCUUUUGGGUGUUUGCCUUCCCCUAUUUCUUCUUUUUAUUGCUGUGGUUGUAAUUAACGUUAUGCAGAAAAGGCGACCUGAAAAACUGCCUGAAAAGCUCCAAAACUGGGAUUUCCUACCUAUCUGGAUGCACUCCCUAGAGCCCUGGGACAAUAUGCUUAUGUCUUCACUCGCCUUCUGUGGGAAACACUGCUGUGGCUUCUGUAAGUGUUGCAAAAUCAAUGUCGAAGGGGAAGGUGCCAAAGACAAGCAACUAAAAACUACAGAGGUUUAUGAAAACACCAUGGCAAUGGCUGAUGAAGAAAGAGGUGGAAGAAGAGCACCAGCUGCAGCUUCUGUUGACAAAACAGGCACAAACAACACAGCCUUAUAGUAGCGGAUCAACCCAUAUUAGCAGAAAUACAGCAUAGGACAGUCAGGCUCUUCAAAACCACCUUGGACUAUGCACUGAGGACAGAGUGAACAUUUUGUUAGGUUUCUGAAACCAGUGAUACAUCACUCAUCAAGGAAUGGAGUCAAACAAGCUUGACAGAGUCCCUAGAAAAUCUGUGCUCGGUUGCAAAGCUAAUGACAGAUUUGCUCACAGAGGAUCUACUAUGCGGUACCUUCCUGCAAUGCUAUCAGUAGCAAACAAAAGAAAUCCUGAUGUAGUCCCAUGAAGAGAGAGAUGAAAGGAGUGGCAAUCAAUUCAAACUUAAAAAACAAACAAACACUGCACUUGUAGAACAGCCUAUCUAACCUACUGACUUAUUCAGCAGAAGUUAUUUUGUAAUACCUAAAAAGCUCUGGAAAUUUAAAAAAAAAAAAAAAAGGAAAAAAAGAUAAAUAAAAAGGGGAAUCCUAAUGUUUUCAUUGCCCUAUUUGCAGUGGUCAAAAUGGAAAAGAGUGGUUUUCCUACAGUGGACAAAAUCUAUUCUACAUGUGUGAAGGAAAAUGAAAUGCUGAGAUAUCCUUCAGAAGCUCUUGGAAUCCUGGUCUGGCUUAAGGGUUUGCAUAAGACCAUUUGAAGUCCUCUGUAUCUCCUUUAACACUGUAAACACAGAAGUUAUAAUCUUUUGUUAUCUCAAGCUGAAGACCAUGAAAGUAAUUGCUGCUCCCCCUGUACUGUGCUUGGAAGCAUCGGGUGGCUACCAAAGGUCUUGACUGACUCAGGAUGUGGUUGUGUUGCCAUUCCUUCCUCUAGAUGGUCCUCUUCAAUCCUGUUCACCAUGUCAUUCCACAACCAGAGGAAUGGUGCAGAAGGAAGGACAAGUAACCAGUGUAGGGGAGGAGACAGCUGCCCCAGCCUGGGCUGAUGCCAGAUGUGUGUUCAGCUGUGGCUCCGUUUGCCUGAGCCACAAAAUGAGUUUUCAGAGUAGUGGUGAAGAUUGGCUUUAGAGUUACAGCAGAGGGAACAUGCAGAGCAGAUUAUGGCUAGCACAGGACAUAUGGUAAUGUUUACUGGAGAGAAAGGGAUGUUCACCAUCCCUUUGUGCUCUGAACCACCCUCCUUGGAAAUAAUGUGAAUUUUACUAGCAGUUGUAUGUAGCAAUCCAAAUCCCAAAUGAAAUCCAUAACUGAUGUUGUCACUAUCAUGUGUAGCAAAUCCACAGGUAGAGUAAUACUUGGUAGGAAGCCGCUUAUGCUCAAAUUUUACUAUUAGUGAUGUUUUAGUAAUGCUUGUGAGGUUGUUCUGAAUCACGGGCUGACAAGGCAUAAUUUCAACAUCAGAAAAAGAGCAUUUCCAAGAUGCACAGAGUACUUCUACUGACUUUCAAUUGCUCCCAUAUUGGUGAGUAUGGGACGAGAACUGAAGUCCAAUCACUAAUGUCAAAAAAAAAUAGGUGAUUCAGUGUAGGCCAAGUGUCAUUUAAAGCCAGUUUAAGUGGCUAAGUUUUAAAUGAAAUCUGUAAUGGAAACACUGAGAAGACCCUUAGUGUAACAUAGCCACUCAGUGCUGCUAGAACAUAUUUACUUCUGAACAGCUGUUUUCUGCAGAGCUUGGAAUUCAGUAGGUUGAAUUUGGCUAUUAGGUAAAUACAUACGUUUUAGAAGUGAAAAUGGUUUUCAUUUACUUUUUUAAACUGACAUUCAAACUAGUAAACUAUGUUGCCGAAAAUGUGUUCACAAACUGCAUCCACACUGAGAUUCCAACUGUUUCAGUAAUUGUGGACCAGUGACAAAAUGCUUAGAAUUUGAGUGAAUUUCCAAAAGAUAUAGUUUUGGUAUAGUUCUGCUCUUUU